AUAAAUUUUUAUUGGGUUUCCUUCGUUUAAUUAAAUAUUUAGUUCAACUUCUCUCAAAAAAUUUGUUCUUUUGUUACAGAAAAUCAUAUAUUUUGAAAUUUUUAUUUGAAGCAGCUCAGUUACAUACAAAUUUUAGUUUGGAUUAUAACAAAGCUUAGAAGUUAUGUUGCAGUUUUUCUUCAGAGAUAAGUUUUGACAUUUUUAAUUGAAUUGAUUUUCAACUUUGAAUGGAAAAAAAUUUUGAAAUAUCAGUUUGUAUUGAAAAUUUAACUUUUACAAGUUGACUUUUUUGAAUGUCGUGUUGCGGAAAGUCGAACCGAAUUGAUUCGGCCGAGCGAAUUGAAGUAAGAGUCGAGCCGAAAACUACAAAACCGAAACAGAAGAAUACGACGACCAAAUCGAAACAUCGGCGAAAGGGAUCGGGGGGAAGUAUAAGCAUAAGUGUGGACUUUGGAGGCCAUGAUAGUCGGGAACAUAGAGUUGUGCACCACCACCAUUACCAUCAUGACCAAGACCAUGACCAUGAUCACGUGACUGCAGAUCCGAAAGAAGAAGGUUGUGACGAAGGUGAGCCAGCCGAAGAAGUAGCAGAUUUGGAACCCGACGAGGAACCGUUGGCAGAACCCGAGCCCGAGGGGGAUCCUGAACCAGAACCCGAACCCGAAUCAGAACCCGAACCCGAACCAGAACCCGAGGCGGAGCCCGAACCGGAAGAGGAACCCGAACCCGAACCCGAACCCGAAGAGGAACCCGAACCCGAACCCGAAGAGGAACCCGAACCCGAACCCGAGGAGGAGCCCGAACCCGAAGAGGAACCCGAACCCGAACCCGAAGAGGAACCCGAACCCGAACCCGAACCCGAACCCGAGGAGGAGCCCGAACCCGAAGAGGAACCCGAACCCGAACCCGAGGAGGAGCCCGAGCCCGAAGAGGAACCCGAACCCGAACCCGAGGAGGAACCCGAUGAAUGA